AUGAAGUUAAACGUUUGGAUAUGGAUGUUUGCAUUAGUGACAUUGGUAGCCGCCAGUGCAUGGCUGCCAGAAGACUAUGAGAUCUUCUCUCUCAACGACAAAGUCAGAGGUGAUCUCGGUGCAACCAUCACCUUCUAUUCAUGGUUGGGUGUUGAUAAGAAAUCAGACACCAAAGAAAUCUCUAAGGCCUAUAAAAAGUUACUGAGAAGAUUACAUCCAGAUAAGGUGGUUGGGAAAUCCCCAAGAAAGAAGGCAGAAGAAAGAUUCCAACGGUUAUCUGCUGUAGCAGAGAUUCUUCGAAAUAAAAGUUUAAGAAGAAGAUACGAUUAUUUCCUUGAUAAUGGAUUUCCUAAAUGGAAGGGAACAGGUUAUUACUAUUCAAAGUAUCGUCCAGGGUUAAUAAUUACUAUAUUAGGGUUAUACUUGGUUUCUGGGUUGGUCCAUUUCAUGGGCUUGAAGAUUAAUGCUAAACAAGAUUUCAAAAGAUUAAUUGAGUUCAAAAAAGUCAUUAAAGAUCAAGCUUGGAAUGGUCAACUCUUCCCUCCCGUUGAUGGUUCUGAUAGGAAAGUGGUAAAUGAAGCCACGGGACGACAGUUUGUGGUGAAUUCAAUUGGUGAUGUCUUUGCAGUGGAUGAUUCCAAUGAUGAUGAAUUGGUUCUCUUGGACGAGUCUAGAAUUAAUCUCUCUCCUUCAAUUAAAGACACUUUGAUUAUUAGAAUGCCUAUAUUUUUUUGGAAUUUUUCAGUUGGUAAAAUUUUACCUGGUUUGAAAGUGUCGCUUGCCAAAACGGAAACUCACCCCGAACCUUCCUCCACUAAUAACAAUACCAACUCCAACACCAAACCAAAGUCAAAGAAGAAGUCAAACAAAGGUGGAAAGAAAAUAGAAUUACCAAACGGUAAAGUCAUUUAUAGCAGGAAGAAGCAACAAUAA